AAGAGUUAGUAAACAUAGCUUUUGGAUGACUUAAAACAGAAUUAAUGCAAAUCGUUAACUCUAGAGAGGUCCAUCUUACUUAUUACUCUGAGGCCAAUAGAAAAUUAUUCUGUAAAUUAUAAUUAUUUUGAACAGAAAAAUUAUUCUGAACUGCUGAUUUGCGAUGUGGACAUUGGAGAAAUUGAAUUAAACCAAGAAAUACGUUGCAUUAAAUCAACGUCUCCUGCAAGCUUACGAAUUUUUGAACACCCUUUAUUGCCAAUCCAUCACUGAUACUUAUUAAUUCAUACACGCAAUCUAAUUGUUGCAGAACAAAGGUAUAUUAUGGCAGAAGUAGACGAUGAUACUCUGGCACUUUUGAACUCAGAAAAUUGCUUUUUAUGGGGAAAAUUAGAAGAUCUGGAGAAAAAAUAUAAUUAUUUAAUCAAAAAGGAAACUGUGAUGAAAAAUAUAUUACAAGAACUGCAGAAGCAACGAAAUGAAGCAGAGAAAAAUUAUAAUCGUCUUGAAGAAGAGCACGCUGUCUCGUGUACCGCCGCGGCUGACAAAAUUAAAGAAACGGAGAAGAAACUGCAAGAAAUUAAUAUUAAAUAUGAAACAGAAGUUAGGACCAAGACUGAGACUGAGACUGAGGUCAGUUUUCAAAAAAAAGUAAUUAUGCUACAAGACGAACUAAAUAAAGCAUAUAAAGAACUAAAUAAACCAUUUAAAGAACUAAAUAAAGUACAAGGAGAAAUUAUUAGUACACAAAAAGAAAUUACUAAUCUACAUAAAGAACUAAACAUUCUUCAAAAACAACUUUAUGAAAAAGCUGAUCAAAUUCGCAUCAUCCAAGCAGAGCAGAAAGAUCGCGAAGAAAAACUAAAGAAAAGCAUUGAAACACAAAUGAUAAACAAUCAAAUGGUAAGAAUGAGGGCUGCAUUAACUACGUUUGAGAAACAGAAAAUACCGGAUUUUGACCCAAAUAAAAGAGGUGAACUUUGGGACAAAUAUCUAAAGACAAAUUAUAAAAAUAUCACUCUACCACCGAACGUCAAAGGUUGCGUUAGAAGUAUUUUCGAUAAAUUAAAUAGAAAUGUACAUAACUGUUACUCUGUAGGAGAUGAGAUGAUAAUCCAGAAAUCUGCUUUUGAUGACGAUGAAUUGACAUUGCUAGAAAACUUAUGGCAGCUGUCGCCUCUUCGAAAAGGAUCACUGUCAUCAAAGGAAGUCCUUGAUUAAUUUGUGUUUUUUUUUUAUAUAUUUAUGUAUUGGUGACUAUGUGUAUAAAUGAGUACAUGUAUAAUAUUUUAUUUAAAAAUUUAUUACAAAUGAAAAUCGCACGUCAAAUAUUCACCAAUAGAAAUAUUAAAAUUAG